AUGGCUUCUAUGAACUGGUUGGGUUUCUCUCUUUCCCCUCAAGAACUCCCACAGCAGCCUUCUGAUCAUCAUCAUCAUCAUCAUCAUCACCAAGAUGACUCUCAAAACACAGUCUCUCGCCUUGAUUUCAACUCCGACGACAUCUCCGGCACUGAUGUCUCCGGCGACUGCUUCAAUCUCACUUCUGACUCCACCGCUCCUUCCCUCAACCACCUUCCUCCUCCUUUUGGCAUACUUGAAGCAUUCAAUAGAAAUAAUCAUCAACCCCAAGAUUGGAAUAUGAAGGGUUUAGGGAUGAACUCAAGUAACAACUACAAGACCACCUCGUCAGAGCUGUCUAUGCUAAUGGGUAAUAGCCAGAGCCUUGAAAACCAACAGCAGCCAAAGCUGGAGAACUUCCUCGGCCGACACUCUUUUGCCCAUCACGAAACUGCCGCCGCCGCAUACAAUAACACCACUGACUACAUGUUCAAUAACUCUUCCUUACACCUUCCAUCCGACGGUGACGGUGGCAGUGGUGGUGGCAGUGGCGGCUGCGGCAGUACCAGCCUCCACAACAAUAGCUCCAUUGGCUUGUCUAUGAUCAAGACCUGGUUGAGGAACCAACCGGCACCGCCUCCGCCGCAGCCUCAGCCGGAUAACAAGAAUGAUAGUGGUGGUGGUGGCGGCAGCGGUGGUGCAAGUGGCGGAAACCUAACAAGUAGCGCACAAACGUUGUCGCUUUCGAUGAGCACCGGGUCGCAGUCCAGCUCGACUUUGCCGCUUCUUAGCGCCGCUGGCGGAGGGAGCGGUGGAGAGAGUUCUUCGUCGGAUAAUAAGCCGCCAAACACAACAACAGGCGUUGAUAGCCAAACCGGCGCCAUCGAGGCGGUGCCAAGAAAGUCGAUUGAUACAUUUGGACAGAGAACUUCUAUAUACCGUGGUGUAACAAGGCAUAGAUGGACGGGCAGAUACGAGGCUCAUCUAUGGGAUAAUAGUUGUAGAAGAGAGGGACAAACUCGUAAGGGAAGGCAAGUUUAUUUGGGAGGUUAUGACAAAGAAGAAAAGGCAGCUAGGGCUUAUGACUUAGCAGCAUUGAAAUAUUGGGGUACCACUACCACCACAAAUUUCCCAAUUAGCAACUACGAAAAAGAGUUGGAAGAAAUGAAGCACAUGACAAGGCAAGAGUAUGUUGCGUCUUUGCGAAGGAAGAGCAGCGGGUUUUCAAGGGGUGCAUCCAUUUAUAGAGGAGUAACAAGACACCACCAGCAUGGGCGAUGGCAAGCAAGGAUUGGAAGAGUUGCAGGAAACAAAGACCUUUACUUGGGAACUUUCAGCACCCAAGAGGAAGCUGCAGAGGCAUAUGACAUUGCUGCCAUCAAGUUCCGUGGACUGAAUGCAGUAACAAACUUUGACAUGAGCAGAUACGACGUGAAAAGCAUACUGGAGAGCAGCACUUUGCCCAUCGGAGGGGCUGCAAAGCGGCUGAAAGAUGUUGAGGCGCAGGCUGAAAUGAUCACUGUUGAUGGCCAAAGAAGAGAUCAUCAUGACACCAUCACUUCUUCUCACCUAACCGAUGGCAUCAACAGCUACGGCGCCCACCAGGCUGCAGCAGGGUGGCCGACUAUUGCCUUUCAGCAACCUCAUCAAACACCUUACGUGCAUUACCCAUAUGGGGGAGGAGGAGGGCAGAGGGUUUGGUGCAAGCAAGAGCAAGAUUCUUCUGACCACACCAGCUUCCAAGAUCUUCAUCAGUUGCAGCUGGGAAACACCCACAAUUUCUUUCACCAAAACUCUGUUCUCCACAACCUCAUGGGCAUGGAGUCGGCGGCCGCCGCUUCAAUGGAGCACAGCAAUGGAGGAGGAGUUGGGUAUCAUGGAAAUGGCAGCAAUGGUGGUGGGUAUGUAAUCCCCAUGAGUACGGUGAUUGGUAAUGAUGGAGGAAACAACAAUGGGUUUGUUGGGGAGAGCGAUGAUCAGGUGAAGGCGAUGGGUAAUUACGAGAAUCAUGUGUUUCCGUCGUCGACGGACGCUUAUCAUGCCAGCAGGAACGUCUAUUAUCAUCUCGCCCAACAAUCAUCGCCGGCAGUGGUUAAGGCUACCGGAUAUGAUCAGGGGUCCACGUGUAAUAACUGGGUCCCAACUGCCGUUCCACGGUCAAACAAUAUGGGUGUACUUUGCCAUGGAGCUCCAACGUCCACAGUUUGGAAUGACAGGGAUGAAGAUCAUCGGAUAGGGGGGAACAAGUGA